AUGUAGAUCACCAGCCUCGUCACUAGGAAGGAUGAACAGAUAUUUGAUUUGGUAAAAGAACCCCAAGACAGCCUCAUUUCUGGGCCUCCUUCCACCCUGGAGCAAAUGCCAGUUCAUAAUGAGACUUUCUUUGGACACCAGACUUUCCCCUGAAAAGAAACUUGAUUUAAAUCUGUGCAUUGCCAAGGGCAAGAAGCAGAGAACAUGGAUCGAGAGAAGUUUCAGCAGAAGGCUCUGAAGCAAACUAAGCAGAAGAAAUCCAAGUCGGCUGAAUUUCUGAUGGUUAAAGAAGAUGGAGGAGCUCUGGAAGGCACUGGAAAUCCAGCUUUUAACAUGAGCAGCCCAGAUCUCUCAGCCCAAGAGGCUUCAGAAAAGAAAGUUAUUAGACAUGACACGCGGGAUCGCACCCUUGCAGCUCACCAACAAAAAUGCAGGCUGCAAGCCUCUGCUGAACCAAAAGGAAAUGAAUACAGCAGAAAUUACUUUGACCCACUGAUGGAUGAGGAAAUAAACCCAAGGCAGUGUGGGAUGGAGGUCAGCCAAGAGGUUGAUAAAAGAAUUCUAUAUGAUCAGUUGGUGAAGUUGUUUCAUGAGGUUAUUGAGCUCAUGACAGUGACAAAUAGUACUCAGAGCCAUGAGAGCACCGUGGAGGGGACUCUGAGUUCUGCAGACCCGGCGCGUUCCAGAAAGAGUCUUGAACACUGCAAAAAGGACAGUGAAGCCAUCUCUGCCGACAGUGAGGAGAUUGAAAGAAACACUCAGGAAAAUGUAAUUCUGCCAGAAAGUUCUUCGCUGGAACAGGUUGAGCAGAGUCAGUCACCUCAGCCUCUUCAGAUACAGAUGAAGUGCAUCAGGGGUCUCAAGAACAAGGUGCCCCAAGGCUCCUACUUCCUCAAAGUGUCCCUGCUCGGUCAACCAGGCGGUCGUGUCUUGCAAUGGUACCUGGAGGAGCAGCUGAAGACCAGGACACACCCAGUGAAUCACGGUGGAAACUUUUAUGACGUGGGAUUGUUUCUCCAUGAAAGCCUUUAUGUGGUACUCCCGCCUAAGAAGGAUGUGAAACUUGGCAUGGCUUUCUUGUUUGAACUCUUUCUUCUUCGUGGGAAAUAUACUUAUCUCCACCAGGUCGUGGGCUGGGCAACCUUCCCUUUGUAUGAUAGCAGUAUGGAUGUGGUGGAAGGAAAAUUCAAGUGUCCGCUUCUCCGAGGACGUUAUGAUCAGAAAGUUGACAGCUUCAAGAAAACUGAAGAUCUGAUUUGCUUGGACCUGGACCACUGGCUGUGCAAUCUCUAUUUUCAGGUAAUUAAACUUCCUCUACAUUUGAAUGAUCAAAAAAACCACAAAAGGCAUAUUCAGCUUCCCCCAGAGUUUCCAGAUUGUUUAAUGGCUGAAGCAGAAUCAAGUGUGGAUAAUACAGAGAAAAAGAGUUGUUCCUCAAGGAGUGAUGGAGUGAAAUCCUUCUCACACUCAUCUCAAGGGUUUGGUCUUCUGGCCACGAGGCAAACUUUCUAUCUGCUCCUCGGUAAUUUUUUUCCCAUUUACUUCAUUUCAUUUCAUUCUUUGAAGGAAAAACCAACUGCUUGGAAAACUGGAGAAACUGAAGACUAUUCACAAGAUGCAUCUUAUUUGGAGGAGCUGGAAAAACACAGAUUUUCAGUUUGCCGUUCCUCAGCUGCCGCUAACGCCACAUCUGGAGAAUUCUUCAAGCAUCUCUGUUUUGUGCUGGUGUCAGUGUUUUCCGAACUUGAGUUCGCUCAAUGGCAAAGCCAGGGCUUCUGGUACAUCAUCCUGCUGAUGGCUUCUCUCUGGUUCCUGAGGCUCUACCUGCAUUAUCUCAGCCAGUGGUUUUUCCUCCAGGCCACUUCAACUCCUGUUACAAAAUUCCGUUUUUCCCCCCUCACGGUGGAACUCUGCUACCCAGCCUCUUCCCUUCACAUCGCAGAAGAGAUGCUUGUGGUUGUGGUGGGGCCUUUCCUGCUGAACGCAGUGGUACUUCUCUUGGUUCUGGUCAGAUGGGGCUGUCAGCUACUGUUUGCCUUCUGCCCUGAUGUCCUGUCAAAGUUAAUCAUCACCAUGGGACUAUGGGCAGUUCUGGACCCACUGGCUGUAUUUAUUGUGGAUACUGUCCUGGGGCGACUCACACAGAGUGGGGAGACUCCAGUAGCUGAUGCAGCCAAACUGUACUGGAUGUUUGAAAGAACCAUGCAAUCUGGAAUUCUCGGUGUGAUGCUCACGGUGCUACUUUAUGUCCUACUGUUCAUCAUUUCGACUUUGAUUUUAUAUGUGUAUUGUCUCAGAUUGCACAAUGAUUCUUGGAUAUUAGACACAUUUCAGCGCAUCCACAGUGAAGAAAGCAAGUUCUUUAUACCAUAUGAUUUGGAGAUUUCCAAUCAGGAGCUAAGCUAUAUCAUAAAAAGAUCUGAGCAGUGGAGAGGAUUCAAUGGUGAGAGAAGGAAGGUGGCAGUGUAUGAUUAUAUCUGGAAAAAGCAUGGCGUCCAGUCCAGCAUCUCCAGCUGUGACCUCCAACAGCACAAUGAAAUUUCUGUGACGGCACUUGGUCCAGGAGGUAUUACUUCUCAUGUAGCUGUGUACACCGUUUAUCCCAGUGGGUUCCAAGAGCUAUACCGCCAUUUCCUUAGGCUCCCUAGCGGUGCCAUUGUUGAGCCCCCUUACCAUCUUUAUAAUGACCACGCACUAAAGGUUGAUCAGCAUGUGUUUUUGGGAGCUGAGUACAACCCCUUCUACCAGUCAGAUGGCAAAUAA